ACUUAUAGCCCUCUGGGUUAUAAGAGUCAGUGACAGUGAAGGCAGAGAAAGCAUUCCUUUCUUGCUCUCUAUGGUGAGAUCACUGGCCUUCAUCUCCAUCUCAAGGCAGACCUUUCAGAAGAGCAGGACUACUUCUUGAAGUCACCAUGGCCUGGUCUGGCAGCCUGAAGAGUCUCCUCACAGUCUUUGUCUUUACCAUCCUGGCUGUCUGCUCUGUGGACAGUUACCUGUGUACAGUACAACAAUGUGAAGAUGCAUCAUGUCCUGGCAGUACAAGUUCUUGCACAGCCUCUAAAGGCUGCUUCAAUCAAAUGCAGCAAUUUGAUACACCAUCUACGUUUACAGACCGCAUUUUUAAGAACAAAGGGUGUGUUGGAGAAUCAAACACAUGCAAUGAUGAGUCAUUCUCAGCAACGCUGGGUGAUCAACGGAGAUUUAUCUUUGAAAACCGUUGCUGCACAUCUGAGCAGUGCAACAAAGAUGACAUAACAGUGUCUUCAUCUUCCUCACCCAAUGGUGUUGUAUGCACUGCCUGCUACAGUGAGAAAACCCAGUCAUGCUCCUCAGUUACCACCCUAAAGUGCACAGGCAAAGAGACAAAGUGCAUUGAGUUUACCGGCACCUCCAGCACAGCAGCAGGAUCUCCUUUAACGCUGUAUGGGAAGGGCUGCGCAACUGAAAACACCUGCAAUCUGCAACAGAAUGUCCUCAAUGGCAUACAAAUCAAAACCUCAUGCGUCUCACCAGUUUCAAACAAUGGGAGCCCUACCCUCAAAUUAAUUUCAUCAGUUCCCAUUGUUCUGCUUCUGCUGAAAGUCUUGCUUUGAACAUCCAGGGACUGACAACCUCACAAUCCUAUGCACAUGGACUCAUUGGCAUGCUUGGAUGGUUAUUUCCAAAACAUGGAACAAAUAAAAACUGGGAUUACUUCUCUGUU